GCCCUCAGUCGCACACAGACAGACUCCGAUUGUCCUCUCUCAUCUUUAUUUUGGGGAAAUACUCUAGACGUUCCUUAUUCAUCCUUUAUUUUUGAAAAGCAUUGUUAUUCUGGUGGUUUUCGGACACACUUUUGAAUUUCUGAGAAUGCUGGAUCCAUUGGCUGAGUUGAGAAGAACUGGAGGCUUCAGGCAGUGCGGUGGCCGGAUCUCCUGGCAGUUCCGCUGGAUGCUGUACAGCGUGUGUAUAUUGACGGUGAUCAACUGUGCUGGCCUGGUUCUACUCCUGGUCCAGCAGAGGGAUUUAUGGGCAGAGCUGAUUGAGGUGGAGAGGCAGAUGGUGGAGAUCUCUCAGAGCUCCGUGGUAGAGUUCAUGACGCAGGUGAAUGAAGAUGAAGCAGAAUAUCAAUACUCCAGGAACAAGCGGCGCCGGCAGCACCGAGGGACGCGACCUUUUGAGGAGCACGAGGGGAGCGUUGGAGAGGAGGUCCUAAGUGAUUUCCAGUACCCGUUUCAGCAGACCCAUGGACCGGUUUACCAGCACAAAACUGAGGAGAGGGAUGGGAUGAUGAUGAUGAUGACAUACUCCAUGGUGCCAGUAAAAAUUUUGCUGGAUAUUUGUAACAGUACUAAAGGAGUCUGUCUGACUGGACCACCAGGGCCGCCAGGAAUUGCAGGUAUACCGGGUGUGGAUGGAAUGCCAGGCUAUAAUGGAACAGAUGGAAUUCCAGGGUUGCCAGGAGAGCCUGGAGCACAUGGAAAACGAGGAAAAAGAGGUCCUUCAGGUGAGAAGGGUGAGCCUGGAGAGAAAGGAGAGCCAGGAUAUCCUGGACCCCCAGGACCACCUGGAGAACAGGGUGAACCUUCAAAUGAUGUCAUCAUAGAAGGUCCCCCUGGACCGAUAGGACCAUCGGGGCCCCCAGGUCCACCUGGACCUCCAGGUCCUCCUGGACCUCAGGGGCCACCUAGACACAGGAGCCACAGGGCACAUCUUCCUAUGGGGAAAGAGUCUGUGGGUCACCUUAAUUCAGUCCCAAACGAUGACACCCUUAGCCAGAAGCUAGCAUCGUGGAAGACAAAUGACUGUGUUAUAAAGUCAGUGCAGAACCCCAGACAUCUGAUGAAGACGAGCAGCACAUUUGGAGCGUGGAUGAUGGACACUGCAGUUCAUGAUGAUGAAAAGAUCUGGGUAGCAGAACAUUUCUCAGGCCGCUUAAUAAAAGAGUACAACAGUAUUGCAGCCUUCCAGAACAGCAGCAGUGAAUCCAUUGAUGUCCGGAGGUUUUUCCAGGGUUGUGGACAUGCUGUCCAUAAUGGCUCCAUAUUCUACCACAUCGCUGGAACUUCCAAUAUUGCCAAGUUUGACCUUCAGACGAAGAUCUUACACAUGCUGAGCAUUGAGAACGCCCUCUAUCACAAUCUGUCCUACUUACUCCAGAACUCAAAGACCUACUUCAAACUGGCAGCGGAUGAGAACGGCAUGUGGAUCGUAUUUGCCUCAAACAUUGACGACAACAUCAUGGUCGCGAGACUGGAUGAGAAAACCUUCUCCGUCAGCACCUACAUCAACACCACCUACCCCAGAACCAAAGCCGGCAGUGUGUUUAUCGCCUGUGGGAUCCUCUACGUCACAGAUACCAAAGACACCAAGGUGACGUAUGCCUUCGACCUCCUCAAGGAGAAGCCGGUUAGCGCCAGUCUUGACCUCAGGGCUCCUGGAGGGGUUCUGUCCAUGAUUUCAUACAAUCCCAGAGAUAAACAUCUCUACAUCUGGGACAGCAGCUACGUCAAGUCAUACCAAGUCCAGUUCCUUUCUGAUAACAAUCAAGAAUCUGUCAAAUAACGGCAAUCAUUUGUGUUUUUUGUUUGUUACAGUCUCCAUUAAUUAAAAAAAUAAAUCUUAUGUAAUGGGUUACUCCACCCAAAAAAAAAUUAUUAGGGUUUUAAUUAUUCACAUUUAUGUCUUUCCAAAACAAAUAGACCUUUGUUUGUCUUCAGAACACAAACAAGUAUAGUUUGGGUGAAAUCGGAGAGCUCCCUCAUCCUCCAUAGACAGCAAGUUUUCCGACUCGUUCAAAGUUUAGAAAGGUCAAAACAGACCUGGAAUAUUAAGCUACAAUAGAGGUGGGCAAACAUUUUACACCAGAGGGUCACAUCAACUUUUGCAAACCAAGUGAAGGGCUACAUGUCAAAUCCUUCAUAAUAUAACUUUUAUUUAUAGACCUCUUUCUUAGAACGCAAAAUUACCCAUUAGGCUUUGCGUGAAUGCGUAAAGCCUGGUUUAUACUUCUGCGUCGAAUGAUUGACAUGACCCACAGCGCAUGCCUUGCUCGUUGUUGUGCAUACAUACUUCUGCGAGCUGUUUGUGUUGCUCUCCAAUAACCCUUAUGAAAAGCUAGCUGGCAGUAGGCUUUUUAUAUACCUCUGUGCUGAGUUUCUUUGCUGGUGUUUUGUUUCUACGCUACCUUAAUAUACAAGUGGCUCAAACUCUCUUAUUUUGAGGUGGAAACCAGCAGACAUGCAACAACUUUAAUCUUAAGGUAAACACAGAACAACAGUUUUCAUCUGGUGCUCCUUCACGGGACUCGACACUUGUAAACACUCACUCCAUGGGGCUCACAAGGGUCUAAUUUCAAGAGUUUACACUUAGCUGAUGAUUGAUUAUAAAGCUUGUUUGGCAUGCUGUCCCGGGAGAGAGCCCUGAGCUCAUAAGAUCCUCGAGCCCAGGGCUCCCUCUCGUUGCAAGGCGAGAGGGGAGUUUGAGCUCAAGUAGAACUCGAGAACUCCCCAGCUGUAGUAGCUAAUGAAGAGAUAAUGAUUGCUCUUAGGAGAUAACUACUUACUAGGAGCAUGUCUAUGGGGCCGAUUUGGAUUAGUCAAUUAACUUAAGUUGCAUGUUUUUGGACGGUGGGAGGAAACUGGGGGGCCAGGGGGAAACUCACGCGAGCACGGGGAGAACGUGCAAACUCCGCACAGAAACGUCGGCUGACUUGGUAAUGACAAGAACCAAAGACGUUCUUGCUGUGAGGCAACAGUGCUAACCACUGGGCCACCAUGCCACCCAUCUAGGAAAGGAGGAGGAGUGGGGGUGGAAGGGCGGAUUCUUCAAAACGAAGAUGACUGUGGUAUGAAACCUAGGGCAUAUAUAGUGGCUUAGCAGUUGUCUGAUUGGUGAAUCAUAAAUUGGAAAAUGCGGGAAAAGCCGCAAGUGAUCCUCUUGAAAUUAGUUUAUAAAUAAACUUCACGUAGUAGGGACUUCAACAAGAGACAUUCUUGCUGUGAGGCAACAGUGCUAAUCAUUGGACCACUGUGUCGGCCAUCUAAAAAGAGGGGGAGUAGGGGUGGGUGGG